GUCAUCAACUACCACAAGCAAGAUGAAGGUGUCGCUCGAGUUCAGUGGCGGUGCUGAGCUGCUGGUGGAUGGUCAGAAGAACCAUGACGUCACAUUGCCAGACAAGGAAGACGGCUCAAAGUGGACUGUGAAAGACCUGCUUGCAUGGAUUAAGGACAACCUCAUUGAUGAGAGGCCAGAGCUCUUUGUGCAAGGAGAUACUGUGCGACCUGGGAUUCUCGUGUUGAUCAACGGAACUGACUGGGAACUCAUGGAUGGGCCUGAGUACGAGCUGUGUGAGGGCGAUGCAUUUGUGUUCAUUUCCACGUUGCACGGCGGUUGAACGUGCUUGCGAUGUGCGCAGGUGGGUGGUUGUAGCUUCGGCGUCAGUCUCUAAAUCAAUGAUGCGAGCGUGUGAGAAUGAUGCG